CAGUGACAGGGGCGGGCUUCCUGUCACACUCGUACACUCUGGCGGCUACUAGGCUUUUGCUCUAUGGUUGUGGAGGACUGAGUCUUUCAGUCUUGCUGCAGACCCCGUGACCCCGGACAUGGCGCUGCUCAUAGUGCAUAGUGUGUCCCAGAGGAGACCGGAGUCACUAUGGCAGCUCAGGAGGGCGCUCAGCUCCUGGUAUCCAGGGGAGCGAAGGUUCAAGACGAGCAGGUCCCGGACAAGGGGACAGGAGAGCCAGAUCCUACACCCGUUCCCAAGGCAGAGCGCUUGGUGUAUUUGGGGGAGAGAGAACUCGUGCCACUUGUUAGAUGCAGCAAAGGUGCUCUCUGGUUUGCCUUCAACUCACAUCAGAACUUGCUGGCAUGGGCACGCAGGUGGUGGCCUCCACUCAGAUCCAAAGCAAGGGCUAAAGGAAGUGGAUUCCAAGAAAAUCUUGAAAGCUAUGUUUACCUAUGUGUGGCCCAAAGACCGGCCUGAUUUACGAGCAAGAGUUGCCAUUUCCCUUGGGCUUUUAGCAGGUGCAAAGGGUAUGAAUAUUGUGGUGCCCUUCAUGUUUAAAUAUGCAGUAGACAAUCUGAAUGAAAUAUCCGGGAAUGUGCUAAACAUGGCAGAUGCCUCGAAUACAGUGGCUACAAUGGCGACAGCCAUUUUGAUUGGUUAUGGUGCAUCUAGAGCCGGGGCAGCCCUCUUCAAUGAAUUAAGGAAUGCAGUGUUUGGGAAAGUGGCCCAAAACUCCAUCAGGAGAAUAGCAAAGAACGUCUUCUUACAUCUGCACAACCUGGACCUGAGCUUCCACCUGAGCAGACAAACUGGAGCACUGUCUAAAGCCAUCGACCGUGGGACAAGAGGCAUUAGCUUUGUGCUCAGUGCACUGGUGUUUAAUCUGGGACCCACAAUGUUUGAAGUGCUCCUUGUUAGCAGCAUCUUGUAUUACAAAUGUGGAGCUAAUUUUGCACUUGUAACAUUGGGAACCCUUGGAGGCUACGCAGCGUUCACCAUUGGAAUCACACAGUGGAGGACCAAGUUUAGGAUAGAAAUGAACAAAGCAGAUAAUGAUGCCGGGAAUGCUGCAAUAGACUCAUUACUUAAUUACGAAACUGUAAAGUAUUUUAACAAUGAGAAGUAUGAAGCUGAACGGUACGAUGGAUUUUUAAAGACGUAUGAGAAUGCCUCUCUAAAAACUACCUCAACCCUAGCACUGCUCAACUUCGGACAGAGUGUGAUAUUUAGUGUGGGCCUGACUGCUAUCAUGGUGCUUGCAAGCAAAGGGAUACUAGCAGGAACUCUAACUAUGGGAGACUUGGUCAUGGUAAAUGGGCUUCUCUUUCAGCUCUCCCUGCCGCUAAACUUCCUGGGAACAGUAUACAGAGAAACCAGACAAGCCCUCAUUGAUAUGAACACCCUCUUCACUCUUCUAAGUGUUGACACAAAGAUUAAGAACAAAGAGCUUGCCCCUCCACUGCUGAUCACUCCGCAGUCAGCCACCAUUACUUUUGAAGAUGUAUAUUUUGAAUAUAUGGAGGGACAGAAGGUCUUGAACGGUAUAUCAUUUGAAGUACCCGCAGGAAAGAAGGUAGCCAUUGUUGGCGGUAGUGGUUCAGGUAAAAGCACAUUGGUGCGACUUCUGUUCCGCUUUUAUGAGCCUCAGAAAGGAAACAUAUAUGUCGCUGGCCAGAAUAUACAGAAUGUCAGUCUGGAGAGCUUGAGAAAAGCUAUUGGUGUAGUUCCUCAGGAUGCUGUACUAUUUCAUAACACAUUGUAUUACAAUUUGCUUUAUGGAAAUAUGAAUGCUUCACCAGAAGAAGUGUAUCAGGUGGCAAAAUUGGCUGGACUUCAUGAUGCCAUCCUCCGUAUGCCUAAUGGGUACAAUACUCAAGUAGGGGAACGAGGACUUAAACUGUCAGGUGGGGAGAAGCAGCGGGUGGCAAUUGCCAGAGCAAUGUUGAAGAACCCACCCAUUAUUCUUUAUGAUGAAGCCACUUCUUCCUUGGAUUCCAUUACAGAGGAGAAUAUUCUCAGCUCAAUGCGUGAUAUCGUGAAGCACAGGACAUCAGUGUUCAUUGCUCAUCGGCUGUCCACCAUAGUUGAUGCAGACGAAAUUAUUGUACUGGACAAGGGUAAAGUAGCGGAACGAGGUACACAUUUUGGACUCCUGGAAAAUCCUGGAAGCUUGUAUUCAGAACUUUGGCACACACAGAGCAGCAGGGUUCUGAACAGUACCAACGGUCAGAGGACUGAGAAGAGUAGUCAGCUGUCAUCCAAAGAGGAGGAAAGGAAGAAGCUACAAGAAGAGAUCAUCAAUAGUGUUAAAGGAUGUGGCAACUGCUCCUGCUGAGGGUCACUGCCGCUAGGUGGAGGACUCAGACAGGGGCUUAUGGUCCAAAUCUAGAAAUGCCGAUUUAAUAAUUGACUUCUAUUCCAUAUCCUGGUUGUGCAAUUUUCUAAUCGUUCUUUGCACAGAGCUCCUCUGGAGUUUUUUCUUUACAUCUUCUUCUAAAAUUAUUUAAAAUGUUUCUUCCAGUUUACCCAUUACCAUGGAGUGCGGGUACAGCUCAACUCAUUUUGUGUAAUUCUGUGUCAAUUUAUAAAUAGUCCAUCUGAUCAGACAUGCCAUCCCAUCUGUGGGCAUCAUGUUUUAAAGCUGGAGGAUAUAUUAAUAUCUUCUCAAUCCAGUGGUGCCCACAGACAGGUCAAUGUAUUCAAUAUGCCAGAACUGCUUUAAAGAAAAGAAUGUUAUUUAACUUAAAAGGGGUUUUUCACCUUGACCUAUCUUCCAGAUUGGUCCUCAGUAUCAAAUCAGUUGUGGUCAGACACCUGGCACCCCCACACAUCAACUAUUUGUGGUAGCCACUGGUGCCAGAAACAUAACAAUGGAUGGAAUCAGAAGUAGAAGGCUCCAUCCACUGUGUAGUGACCAAGCUGAUGUACUGCAGAGCAGAUUCCAUAUGUUUCUGGCACCAGCUGCUUAUGCAAACAGCUGAUGAGUGGGGUGGAAGACCUCUUUAGUGACUGUGCAGGAGAUUUGAUAUACUAUGAAGUAGUCAGUAUAUAAUUUUGGACCUAACGACUACAUAAUGUUAAAAUGUGGACAUUCAUUUUAAGGUAACGAGUCCAGUGUAUCCAUGUUGGACAGAUGUACAGUAAUAAUCACUGGUAUUCUGUAAAUGGGUUCCCUCAAGCAAUUAGAGCCUGUAUUUUUCAUAAAAAAAACUAUUUGAAGAUC